UCCCGCGCGGCCGCCCUUGCCUGCUCAGGGUCCUCAGGGCUUUGGCCUCUACUGCCCGCUGCCAGGCCACGGAAGCCUGCGACCCGGCGUCCGCCCUCAGGCUAGCUCUCCUCCCGCAGAGGGCCGCGCCUCGCCUCGACCGGCGCCCCCCGCGCCCCCAGAGAGCCCGGCCGCGCGCCCGACGCCCCCGCGCCGCCCGGCUCGCAGGCCCGCGUCCAGCAGCCCCUCUCUCGGGGGCCGGACGGCGGACGGGCGUGGUCGGCGCGGCGCCGCGACGAGCCAUCCCCGCCCCGUUCCCCUUCCAUCCGCUCGCUGCCAUUUGAAUUCCCCGUCGACUCCUGGGUGGGGGCCGAGCGAGCCUUCGCGAAGGGCGAGGGCGGCGGGAGGAGGGCUCGGGAGCCCCUCCCGGGCGGCGCGGCGCCGGCCGGCGGUGCAGUCGCGCGCUCGCCGCCAGCAAAGCCAUUGGCUCGGCGCAGUCACCCCACGCGGGGCUGCAGCGGCGGCCUCCGCGGAUUGGCGCGCGGGCGGGCAUCCAGCGGGGCGCGCGCGAGCGGGUGCGUGCCGCUCGGGCUGCAGCGAAGCCCACCGUCUCGGGGCCGGGCUCCCCCGGCCCGUAAAGACCACCCCUCCAUUGUCCUUGAGUUGCUGAUGCUGCAUUUGGGGCGGCAGCCAGCUACAGUCCCCGACGCCCUGGCCCAAAGAAAGGGCGCGAAAGGCGCGCUCCCCGCUCGGGCGCACGCACCGACCGCCGCCCUCGGCGGCACACUGCAGCAUUUCGCGCUCUCGCGCCGCUCCCCUCCCCGCCCGCGCUCAUUUGCAUAUCCCACGAUUGUGGCCAAUCAGGGCUCGUCUCUCUCGAAGCGGAUGGCUUUUGCCUGAGAGGAAAGGGAGUGGCUGGCGGCGCAUGCGCCGCGGUGGCCGACUUGAACCGAGGCUUUUAUUGCUGUAGUUUAUUUCCACCCCUUCCCUCCUGUUCUCUCUCUCUCUUUCUUUUUUUUCCGCCCUAGCUGGGGCUGUGUUGGAGCAGAGGAAGAAAGAGACAGGAUUGCAUUUAUCCCUUACGUUCUUGAAAUCUGCUAUCAGCAAGACCAGCUAAGCGGUUGCAUCUUUUUCAAUCCUGCAAAAAAUACCAUCUCUUUCCUGGCAAUUUUUGCUUUAAAGGUGUCCUCUUGAAAUUAUUUUUUUCCCAGGAGAGAGAUGUCUUAUCAGGGGAAGAAAAAUAUUCCACGCAUCACGAGUGAUCGUCUUCUGAUCAAAGGAGGUAAAAUUGUUAAUGAUGACCAGUCGUUCUAUGCAGACAUAUACAUGGAAGAUGGGUUGAUCAAGCAAAUAGGGGAAAACCUGAUUGUGCCAGGAGGGGUGAAGACCAUCGAAGCCCAUUCUAGGAUGGUGAUCCCCGGAGGGAUUGAUGUCCAUACCCGCUUCCAGAUGCCUGACCAAGGAAUGACCUCUGCUGAUGACUUCUUUCAAGGCACCAAGGCCGCCCUGGCUGGGGGAACCACCAUGAUCAUUGACCAUGUCGUGCCCGAGCCCGGGACAAGCCUGCUGGCAGCCUUCGACCAGUGGAGGGAGUGGGCUGACAGCAAGUCCUGCUGUGACUACUCUCUGCACGUGGACAUCACGGAGUGGCAUAAGGGCAUCCAGGAGGAGAUAGAGGCCCUGGUGAAGGACCACGGGGUCAAUUCCUUCCUGGUGUACAUGGCUUUCAAAGAUCGCUUCCAGCUAACUGAUUCCCAGAUCUAUGAAGUAUUGAGCGUGAUCCGGGAUAUCGGUGCGAUCGCCCAAGUCCACGCAGAAAACGGCGACAUCAUCGCGGAGGAGCAGCAGAGGAUCCUGGAUCUGGGCAUCACGGGCCCCGAGGGACACGUGCUGAGCCGGCCUGAGGAGGUCGAGGCCGAAGCCGUGAAUCGCUCGAUUACCAUCGCCAACCAGACCAACUGCCCUCUGUACGUCACCAAGGUGAUGAGCAAGAGCGCGGCCGAAGUCAUCGCCCAGGCCCGGAAAAAGGGAACCGUGGUGUAUGGUGAGCCCAUCACCGCCAGCUUGGGGACUGAUGGCUCCCACUACUGGAGCAAGAACUGGGCCAAGGCCGCCGCUUUUGUCACCUCCCCACCCCUGAGCCCUGACCCGACCACUCCGGACUUCCUGAACUCCUUGCUGUCCUGCGGAGAUCUUCAGGUCACUGGCAGUGCCCACUGCACAUUCAACACUGCCCAGAAGGCUGUGGGAAAGGACAACUUCACCCUGAUCCCCGAAGGCACCAAUGGCACCGAGGAGCGGAUGUCCGUCAUCUGGGAUAAGGCUGUGGUCACGGGGAAGAUGGACGAGAACCAGUUUGUGGCCGUGACCAGCACCAAUGCAGCCAAAGUCUUCAACCUGUACCCCCGGAAAGGCCGCAUUGCUGUGGGAUCCGAUGCUGACCUGGUCAUCUGGGACCCCGACAGCGUUAAAACCAUCUCUGCCAAGACCCACAACAGUUCUCUUGAGUACAACAUCUUUGAAGGCAUGGAGUGCCGUGGCUCUCCACUGGUGGUCAUCAGCCAGGGGAAGAUCGUCCUGGAGGAUGGCACCCUUCAUGUCACCGAAGGCUCUGGGCGCUACAUCCCCCGGAAGCCCUUCCCUGAUUUUGUUUACAAGCGUAUCAAGGCGAGGAGCAGACUGGCAGAGCUGAGAGGGGUUCCCCGCGGCCUGUACGACGGACCUGUGUGCGAGGUGUCCGUGACGCCCAAGACAGUCACCCCAGCCUCCUCGGCCAAGACGUCUCCUGCCAAGCAGCAGGCCCCUCCUGUCCGGAACCUGCACCAGUCUGGAUUCAGCUUGUCUGGUGCUCAGAUUGACGACAACAUUCCCCGCCGCACCACCCAGCGCAUUGUGGCUCCCCCUGGUGGCCGUGCCAACAUCACCAGCCUGGGCUAGAGGUCCGGCCGCAACUUCCUUGGGGAUGGGGAUGGGACACCUGAGGACAUUCUGAGACUUCUUCCUUCCUUUUUUUUUUUUUUUUUUUUUUUUUUUUUUUAAGAGCCUGUGAUAGUUACUGUGGGGCAGCCAGUUCAUGGGGCUCCCUCUCGGGCCCUGCACUCCGUCCCUCACCCGGAGUCACUGAUUUUGCUCACCCACUUCCCCGUACAUCUACGAAUAUCACACCCAAGUCUGCCCACCAACCCCAUACACGGAACCGCAUCCAACACUCAGACAUGUGACACAAAGCGAAUCACAACGAGGGCGUUUUUCAUCUCCAAGCUCUGUUGUACUUGUUCUCAUCUUCCUUUUCGUUGGGGGGGGAGGGGGGGGGGGGGGAGGGAGGGAAGAUAAAGUGAAUUGCCCAGAGCUGCCUUUUUUUCUUUUUAAAUUUUUAAAGUUUUCUUUGUGGGGCUGGGGGACAGGGUGGGUGGGGGAGGGGGGAGAGCGUUGUUGUCUUUUUUUUUUUUUUUUAAUACUAAAUUGGGGAGCCUAAUUCAAUAUUAAUACAAGGGGUUUGAACUGGACAUCCUAAUGAUGCAAUUAUGUAACCAUCGAGCUCUUCGGGGUGGUUGGCACACUCCGCAUAUCCCCCCUGAGAGGCUCCAAAAUGUUGACAUUGCAUUCCAUAGUCUUCUGGGUCAACUGUUGAUAAAGGCAGGUUUUCUUUUUGGCCUAGCUUUUGCUGCAGAUUACAUUUUUUUGAGGAUUCUCUUCUUCCUUAGCGUCUUUUCUGCUCUCUUUCCCUCGCUGUCUCUCUCUCGUGCUCCCCCUCUGUAGCUUUUUUGCUCAUGACUAUUUUUGCGUCUCUUUCUUUGUGUUUCCUCCAGCCCUUGUCUCUGAGACCAUGUUUUUCUCUCCAUCCCCCGUCGUCUUUUCAAAUGACCAGAUCUACUGUUUUGCGGUGGUCAUCAGAACCUGCCUAGAAGGGUUUUGUCAUUGCAGCCAUAGUAAUAUGCUGUCCUAGUCCAUAAACGACUGGUGCUACCCACCCGCCACCGCCAGGAUAUGCGUUUGAGUUCGGGAUGCUUCUAGGUGCAGCGAAGGGCUGAGCUAACCCACAUUCUCCCCUGGGGGCUCAGAAUAGAACCUCAAACAGUAACGAGAGGUUGAAGAAACCUGAGGCUUUAGGACGUAAGUUUUUCCUCCAUGCGAUGCUAACUAGCUAAAGAAAGACACGGCCAAAUCUGUAAAUCGAGCCCCAUGACCCAAGUGAGCAGAUCACCCCCAAGCCAGCCACCGGCUCAGAUGUGUUGAGCCGCUGGGGGUCUGACCCUGGGACCUGCUGUUUCCCAGCGAAGUAUCUUUGGGGAUUCCAGAGAACACUGGGGCUUCUCACUCUGGGGCAAAAAAUAUUAUUUUUUCCUGUUCAGUUCUUCUGGAAGAUACCAUGCAAUACAGUAGUCCCCCCGCUUCUACACAGGGGAUACAUUCCAAGACCCCCAGUGGAUACCUGAAAUCGCGAAUAGUACUGAGCUUUAUAUAUAUAUUAUGUUUCUCCCCCCCAUACAUGCUUGUGAGAAAGUUUAAUUUAUAAAUUAGGCACAGUAAGAGGUUAACAACAAUAACUAAUAAUAGAAUCAUUGUAACACUAUACUCUAAUAAAAGUUAUGUGACUGUGGUCUCUGUUUCGGAAAAUACCUUAUUACGCUGUACUCACCCUUCUUGUGAUAAUGUGAGGAGAUGAAGGGACGUGAAGGACGUAGGCCGUGUGACGGAGCGUCAGGCUGCUACUGACCUUUGGACGGGACAUCAGAGGGAGGAUCACCUGCUUCUGGCCUUCGGUUGAGCCCGAAUUCCUGACACCUUGAAAAGCAAGCCCACAGAUAAGGGGGAGCUACUGUACAGGGAAGCCUACUAAACUCGGAUAACCCUGGGGAGAUUUGACUUCAAGUGCACCUUCCUUUGCAAGGGGAAGAAUCUGUUGAAUGAGAGGCUAGCAUCCCCGUCAGAGCCCUUGUGGGGAGAAAACCUUACAAGUCAAACGUGCCCCUCCCCGCCCCCUGCAGCGUGCGCAGGUGACCUCGUGUCCGCGUCCCUGCCUUUUCUCAGCGACCCUUCCUUCAAGCUGCCUUCGCGCCCAUCCCUGUCUUUGCUGUUUUGUGUUGCGUUUCCUUCCCGAUCGCGUUUACAGGUUCUCUUAAGCGACACUCAACGUUUGCAGGCUUUGAUCAAACCAAAUCUGCUUUUGUAAAGCAUAACACAAAAAAGGUCGGUCGUUCCCUCAUUACGCUGGUGUCCCCACGCGUUUUGCCUUGGGGGGUUCUGCUGGGGGGGGGUAUAGUUUCUCGUCGUCGUUGUUUAUUUGUUAUUUUAAAAGGAAACUGCACUUUGAAAGAAUAAUUGGUUAACUUAAUAUAUUUGCUUUUUUUUUUUUUUUAAUCUCACCUGCACUUAGAGGAAAUUUGAACAAGUCGGAUUUUUUUUUUUUUUUUUUUUGGUUUCCAUUCUAAGAAACACUUGCAGCUCUUUCAGUAUUCACUUGGGUCUUCCUGUUUUUCCUGUACCAGGUCAUGGCGAUUUUGGUUAUUUUGAUUGUUUUCUCGAAGCCGCUUAAAACCUGAAGAUGUCUGCAGGCUGUGGAAGCAUGUUUAUCUGUUGGCUUGCUUUGUGUGUCUGUUAAAUGAAUGUCAUAUGUAAAUGCGAAAAUAAAUGGACAGUGUCUCCGAACUGAAUAACUGCAGUGACUUGAUGCUCUAAAACAGUGUAGGACUUAAUACAUAGAUGGUUUUUAAUCCUUGAAAUUGUGAUUGUGACCCAUGAGUGGAGGAACUUUCAGUGCUGAAGCCGAUAAUGUGUGUAGCCAGGAGAGUACCUUUUUUUUUUUUUUUUUUUUUUUGUAACCACUGUCUUAAUGGCAAAAUAAUUAUGGUUAAAAAAAAAAAAAGUCUCGUGUUUAUUAUUCCUUAAGAACUCUGUGUUAUAUUACCAUGGAACGCCUAAUAAAGCAAAAUGUGGUUGUUUCA